AUGGACAGCUCCAGCUUAUUGCACAGUAACAAGUCUGGGUUUGCUGUCUCAGAGGAUUGGGAAACCAUUAUUGGGGUUUACUUGCUCACGCUAGGUUGGCUUUCUUGGCUUGGCAAUGGAGGGGUGAUUUUCAUCAUGUACUACCAACGACAUUCCCUGGACCCUCAGGACUAUCUCACCUUCAAUCUUGCUGUCUCAGAUGCAGGCAUUUCCCUCUUUGGCUAUUCAAGGGGCAUUCUAGAGCUGUUUAAUGUUCUUAGAGAUGAUGGCUUUCUAAUCACUUCAGUAUGGACAUGCAAGGUGGACGGAUUUAUAAUACUCUUUUUUGGUCUAGUCAGUAUUAAUACUCUGACAGCCAUCAGUGUCAUCAGAUACAUUAAAGGAUGCCAGCCUCACCAAGCUCACAAAAUUGAUAGAAAAAAUAUUAUAUUAACCAUGAUUGUGAUAUGGACAGCUGCUCUUUUCUGGGCCAGUGCACCACUUAUAGGGUGGGGUAGCUAUACAGACAACAAAUAUGGAACAUGUGAAAUAGACUGGAUCAAGGCAACAUUUUCUGUUGUCUAUAAGUCCUACGUGAUUGGAGUCUUUAUAUUUGGCUUCUUUAUUCCUGUCUCCAUCAUGGUUUUCUGUUACAUGUCCAUAAUAAAGACUGUUAAAUCAAGUCACAAGACCACAAGAGGUAAAAAAAUUAGCCAAAGGCAGCGGCUCAUGGAACGAAAUAUUACACAGGUGUCAUUUGUAAUUUGUUUUGCCUUUUUCCUGGCAUGGUCUCCUUAUGCAGUAAUCUCUAUGUGGUCAGCAUGUGGGUUUCAAGUGCCAGUGCUCACCAAUGUCCUAGCCAGCCUUUUUGCCAAAUCUGCCAGUUUUUACAACCCACUCAUCUACAUGGGAAUGAGCUCUAAAUUCCGUAAGGACAUCAGAAACUUUUUCCAGUGUCUCAACCGAGACAAGGAUUCAACCCUACAAAUGCCAGUACAGAUGUUCAAUCAAAGAAAUGAGGCAGCUGUCCUCCUGAAACCACAGAGAGAGUUUGUGUCCAAAGUUCCUGAGGCUGAAACGCCAGGCUUAGACAUGGAUUCACUGCCCAGAGACACUCCUUUGGUGCAGGAGAAUCCUUCAUUUUGUUCUCCUGUUUCUAAUCAACUUACCGCUUUUGGAGUAAAAACAAUUCAAAGGAAACAAAGUGGAUCUGGCUGA